UUACCACUCUUGUGAUUGGUCGUUGAGACGGAAGGCGCAGAUUCUUCUGUAACGCAAGAAAACAAGAGUGGUCUUGGUUCGUGUUUAGUUCGGUUAGCUGUGGUUCUUUCGUAACUCAGUUCUUGACAUGACGAUACAAUAACAGGCUUAUCAGAGGUCAGCGUAAAAGAGACAAGAGAGUAUGAUUUUACGUCGAAAAAGAGCACUUUAAAGCAUCUUUGGGCUAUGUGUUAUGUCGUCUCAGCGAUCUCUCAAAUGCGGGUUUUCGCGUAAGUGGUAUGGCGACUCCUCGGAUCUCCUGGGACGUGUUCGUCCCUAGUUUGCUUCAAAGUGGGACGCUAUUAACAAGAUGGGAAGAGGAGUCCAACGCGAGUCAAGGACUGUUUUUCAGUGUCGACAAAUAUGGAUUCUUUUUGGCCUGGAGAGAAGACGACAAGGAAGCGAAUUGUCUGGAUCUAUGCUAUGUUAGCGAAGUUAGGCCAGGAGGUGUUCCGAAGGAUGUCAAAUUACGAGAGUCACUUCAAAAUGAAGGGGAGGGAUCUUUGGAAGGAAGAUCCUUCACCAUUGUUUAUGGUCCAAAUCUCGUGGACGUUUCAUAUAUGCAUUUGUGUGCGGAAAGUAAUAAAAUUGCUGAGGAGUGGAUUAAAGGACUCAGUCCAUUGUUACACAACCUCAAGAUUUACAAUGCCAGCAUCUUGACACAGCUGUUGAAACUCUAUGUUAAACUGACAACCCACUUGGUGAGUCCUUCAAACAAGAUUUCUGUCAAGAGCAUCUGCAAAUGCCUCAAUGUUGGAAAGUAUGAACAGCGAGUCCUAGAGGGGCUUGAAGCCAUGAAACUUCCUUGUGGAAAGAUGGAUGAACUGGAUUGUGAAAAUUUCAACUUUGAGCAGUUCUACCAACUCUACUUGAAAGUGUGUGGCAGGCUAGAAAUUGAGCACCUUUGUUUCAAAUGGGGUGGAGGUAAAACACCUUUCCUUAAUGUAAAUCAGCUGAUGAAUUUCCUGAACCAGGAACAGAGGGAUCCUCGGCUGAACGAGAUACUUUAUCCGUACUACAACAAAGAGAAGGCCCUGUCACUGAUCUGGAAAUACGAGAAAUCCCUGGACAAUCUUCGAAGAGAUCGUAUCACUGUUAAUGGACUGACGAGAUAUCUGUUGAGUGAGGACAAUCUUCUCAUGAUGCCAAACAGAGUGGAAAUUUAUCAAGACAUGACUCAGCCUCUCUCUCACUACUUCAUUAACUCGUCACACAACACAUACCUUGUGGGGCGCCAGUUUGGUGGCAAGUCCUCAGUGGAGAUGUAUAGACAAUGUCUGCUGGCAGGCUGUCGGUGCAUUGAGCUGGAUUGCUGGGACGGACCUGGUGAUGAACCCAUUAUAACACACGGUAAAGCAAUGUGUACUAACAUCAUGUUCAAGGAUGUGAUAGAAGCGAUACGUGACUCAGCCUUUGUGACAUCAGAGUACCCUGUGAUACUGUCCUUUGAGAAUCACUGCAGUAAGUCACAGCAGUACAAGAUGGCUCUCUAUUGUUCUGACAUCUUUGGUGACAUGCUUCUGAAACUGCCUUUGGACAGUCAUCCACUUGAAGAAGGCAGACCUCUGCCAUCACCAAGCCAUCUAAAGAGAAGGAUAAUCAUAAAGAACAAGAAACUCAAACCAGAACAGGAAGAAGAUUACAGUGAAAUUUUUAGUGAUUUUGAAGCUACAGAUACUUCAGGAUUUCAUCGUGGAAGCAUAAAGGAAACAGCAAUCAUUGAUGACGAGAUUGAGGAGGAGGACGAAGUUCAGGAAAGUGAUAAUGAAAGUGAUUCUCGUGAACGAUCUUUAAGUUGUGAGGAGUUCAACAAAAUCAUGGCAUACAGUGAGAAAGUGUGCAAUGAUCUUUUACGAGAAUCUACCUCAACUGCGGCAGAAGAAUCUUCGCCUGAUGACAAGGAAGUCACACUUGACGACAUAGCUCAAUAUAGCUCUGUGUCAGAGUACUCGAAUUUUCUUCUGUCAAAGAUUUUGAAUGAAGCAGGUUUGAAUGGCGUGUCAAAGGAUAUGGAAAACUCCUUUGUGUUGUCUCGGAACAGUAGAAACUUUCUUGAAAUGCAAGGUAUUGAGAUGCUUGCGGACAAUUGUAGUUCUGAAAGUAGUUCACGCUCAUCAAGAACUAGUGAGGAUGUAAACUUUCAUCCUGGAACUCGCACAUCAGGAAUUUCACUAGGUUCGACUUUGAGCGCGGCCUCUGAUGCUUCCACAGACAGUGACAGUCUUUCUGUCACGCCUACAGUUACCGUGACAGACAGUGGAGAAACAUGUUACGAGUUUCCCACAACCAAAGAAGAAACUAGUACUAAGGAAGUUGCGGCUGUUCAGAAACCAUACAGAAACAAUGGUGGCCUUGAGUCCAUACAAGAGGUUUCUGACGCAACUGAAAAUGAUUGUCCUGUGAACGCUGAGGAUUCUGAUGAUAGUUCAUUAAAGUCCGACACAAGAAAGUUGUUCACUGAUUUAGAGUCUGAAAACAAUGACCAACCGAAUGGAAAAAUCAAUUCCUCUGUUAUCCAAUGCAACGGCAAAGUGGACAGUAAACGGACACAUCCUUCAGUGCAAGGAACAAAUUCUGGAGCUUCUUCAAGAAGCAGCAGAGACUCGUACGACCCAAAAUUUGUGUAUGGGAGAAAAGAAAGCAAUGCGAGUACCCAGAGUGUGGAGUCUAAUCCUGAAGACGAUGAGGAAAGAGACUCCAUCAGUGAGUUUAAGAAGCGAGAAGAAAAACUAGCAAGCUUUGGGAGUUCACUGAGGUUAAACAUGGGGGGAAAGAAGACGUCAAGAGCUGCUAGCCUCACUCCCGAGGAUAUGGAAUUCCUUAGUCAAUACAGUUCUACCACAACUGCAGGAAGUAUCCAUCCCUACUUGUCGUCCCUGGUGAAUUAUAUUCAUCCUGUGUCAUUCAGUGGAUUUGACGAAGCAGAGAAAAAGAACUUGUCCUAUCAAAUCUCUUCAUUCAAUGAGUCAACAGGUUUUGGUUUGUUGAAAGCAAGUCCAGUAGAGUUUGUGAAAUAUAACAAACGGCAACUGUCUAGGAUUUAUCCCAAAGGAAGUAGAGUUGAUUCAAGCAAUUACAUGCCACAGGUGUUCUGGAAUGUUGGUUGCCAAAUGGUUUCACUCAACUUUCAAACUUCAGACUUAGCUUUUCAACUGAAUGAUGGAAAAUUUGAAUACAAUAAAAGAUGUGGGUACCUCCUCAAGCCGGAUCUGAUGUGUCGAACUGAUCGGCAGUUCGACCCAUUUACUGAAACUGUAAUUGAUGGAAUGGUUGCUGCCUCAGUUACUGUCAAGGUGAUUUCAGGGCAGUUCUUGUCUGACAAGAGGAUAAGCACUUGUGUGGAGGUGGACAUGUAUGGUCUUCCAACUGACACGUUACGCAAGAAGUACAAGACAAAGUAUGUUCCAAACAAUGGAAUGGAUCCUGUCUAUGAGGAGGAAGAAUUUGUGUUUAGACGGGUUGUCUUUCCAGACCUUGCUCUCCUGAGAUUUGGUGUUGUAGAUGACAAUGAUAAACUCAUCGCUCAGCGGGUCGUUCCAUUAGAUGGUUUACAGUCUGGUUUUCGGCAUAUUUCUCUGAGAACAGAACACAACAUGCCACUGCCAUUGGCAACAUUAUUUUGUCAAAUUUCCCUUAAGACGUACAUUCCAGAGAGAUUUACAGCCAUUGUUGAUGAGCUCUCAGAGCCCUUAAAGUACCAAUCUGCUGUUGACAAGCGAGCGGCCCAAAUGGUUGUGUUUGGAAUUGAUGAGGAAGAAGACAGCAAUUUUCCUUCAUUCAUGAAGAUUUCUUCAUCCUCUAAUUCAAUAUCUAAAAUGAAGGCUCCAUCGUCAACCUCCAUCAGCAAUGUGGGCGUGUCUGCAGCCCCGUCACGGACACGGGAGUCUGUUGUGACGCUAAAUUACAGUGGUGCAAGAUCCUCGUCAGAGCUUACGCUGAUUGAGAGUAAUGUGCCCAAGAAACACGACUUCAAAUUUUCUCCAGUUAUUGUGGAAGAAUUGAAGAAAGACAAGACAUUUUUAAAGGUCUUUAAAAGACAUCAGAAAGAAAACGAAGCACUUUUGAAGAGAUACACAAAAGAACGUUUGGCCAUGCAGAGAGUUCAUACUGGACAACUGGAAAAGCUGAUAACAAACUACGAGAAGAUAAAAACCACAGCUAUAAAAACAUUUGAGCGUGCAGUCAAACGAUGUGGGGAAGACAAAUCUGAAGAAUUGCGAAAAGUUCAUGACAGCAAGAUGCUUUAUCUCAACAAAACCCAAACUGACAAGGCAAAGGAAAAAUUAACAAGCCAAACAGAGGAGUGGAUAAAUAUGGUAAACAGACAAGUUGAGGAGGAAAUUGGGUUCUAUGAGCAACAGGCUGAGCUGGUAAGUAGUUAAGUAAUUGGAUUGAAUGGAGUGCAAUUCGGGGAGUAAUCACGCAUUUAUUAAGUAAUUUCAAAAUCGGGUGAGCUCAAAGCAGGAGGCCAAUUUUGAAAUAAUCAGC